CAGAUAUUAGCCAUCGAUGGACAGCCAUUUUCCAGUGAUAUAUCACACGAAGAGGCCAUAAAUAUACUACAGCGCGCACAUGGAAUCGUGGAACUGGUGAUCGCGAGGGGACAGACAUCAAAGCAAUGCGAUUCACUUGAUUUGAAUGCCAAUCCAUCGGAUGUGUUAAUAGAGAGGUCGCCCUCAGGAGUUAGCGAUAGCUCUAAAGAUUCAAACGAUAUGGUGCUCAACACUGAAUGGGCACAAAUCGAGGCCAUAGAGCUCGACAAUGACGGCUCGGGUCUGGGCUUUGGAAUCAUUGGGGGCCGCAGUACUGGUGUUAUCAUCAAAACUCUGGUUCCGGGAGGUGUUGCUGACAGAGACAAUCGGUUGCAAAGCGGAGAUCAUAUUUUGCAAAUCAAUGACAUAAACAUGAGAGGAAUGGGUUCAGACCAAGUGGCACAAGUGCUCCGACAAACCGGGGCUCACGUGCGGCUGAUUGUCGCGCGUCCGGUCGACCCGACCUCCGAUUUGCAAGUGAUUCAAAGCAGUGCUCCAAUCGUUCCGACCAGAAGUCUCGCCGAUCCGGAAGACGUUGAAAAACAUUUGGCUUUAUUUCAACAGCAACAAUUGCAAGAACUGCCCAAAGAUAUACCACUGACCACAACCACUACAACGACUACACCCUUUACAAACGGUCACGAAUCCAAUUUACCCGUCGCUUCCAUCGGUUCCAUUACUUCCAUUCCAAUAGAAACGCAACAAAUCGCUCGAAUAGAUCUUCACAGCCCUCCAUUAGAGCUUCAGACAUCAGAAGUGACAGUAAGUGCUGGCAAUACAUCUGUGGUGUCGAAUGUGAAUCGAAAAGUUGAGGUCGAAAUCAAUAGUGAGAACCCAAUCGUUGCCAACACUGUUGUCGAAGAAUUGCCAGAAAUGGAGACUUUCGAAGUGGAGCUCAUCAAAGAUCAACAGGGAUUGGGUAUCACUAUUGCCGGCUAUGUAUGCGAAAAGGAGGAAAUAUCUGGCAUUUUUAUCAAAAGCAUAGCACCGGGUAGUGUUGCCGACCUCUCCAACCAAAUCUGUAUUAACGACCAAAUCAUUGAGGUGGACGGUCGGUCACUCUACGGCUAUACCAACCAUCAAGCCGUGGAAGUGCUACGAAAUACCGGGAAAAUAGUGAAAUUGCGUUUAGCCCGAUAUCUGAGAGGCUCUAAAUACGAACAGUUGCAACAGGCGAUUGCCAGCCCCGACCUCCCGGCCCCCUAUUACACACCACCGGGCGCUACAGUAAUACAGAUAUACGAUCAGUCGACUGAUGUCAGCCAAAACAGCCAAACCCUGAGUGCCAGUAGUAAUAAUAGCGAUAGUAGAAGUGGAUCCAAAUAUAAUGCAGAGCUUAUAGAAAAGUGGCAAAAUAUCAUUGGCUCCAGCUUUGAGAUUGUGAUUGCAAAUAUCGUGAGAGAAGGUCCGGGUCUCGGCAUCUCUUUAGAGGGAACGGUCGACGUGGAGAACGGCAACGAAGUUCGACCGCAUCAUUAUAUUCGAUCCAUUUUACCCGACGGUCCCGUCGGUGUCAAUGGUAUCCUAAGAAGUGGUGACGAGCUCUUGGAGGUGAACGGAACAACACUUCACGGAAUGAGUCAUUCAGAUGUGGUGCCUCUACUUAAAGACCUGUCAAUGGAAGUGCAAAUGAUUGCAAAUAUCGUGAGAGAAGGUCCGGGUCUCGGCAUCUCUUUAGAGGGAACGGUAGACGUGGAGAACGGCAACGAAGUUCGACCCCAUCAUUAUAUUCGAUCCAUUUUACCCGACGGUCCCGUCGGUGUCAAUGGUAUCCUAAGAAGUGGUGACGAGCUCUUGGAGGUGAACGGAACAACACUUCACGGAAUGAGUCAUUCAGAUGUGGUGCCUCUACUUAAAGACCUGUCAAUGGAAGUGCAAAUGGUUUGCGCCCGACCUUUAAAUCGUGAUAUUUUAGUCAACUUCGAUGCCAUCACUGAUGAUAAUCAGAGCUCAACGUCGCGAACGGAUUUAGAUUUUCAUUCGGUGAACAAUAGCCUCAUUUCGAUUGUACCCUCCAUUGAACGACUAGUCAAAGCAAAAUCUGACGGCUCUCUUGCGAUGACUGCGCCCACCGUUUCCAUAGCCUCGGACUUAACGAAAAUGAAGUCCCGCUCAUUAGAGCCGUUGACCGGACUGGCCAUGUGGUCAUCCGAAGUGGAAUUGAUUGAAUUAAUUAAAGGUGACAAAGGCUUGGGAUUUAGUAUUUUGGACUAUCAGGAUCCGAUGAAUCCGACUGAGACUGUGAUUGUGAUUAGAUCUCUGGUUCCGGGAGGUAUCGCCCAACAGGACGGCCGACUGAUACCGGGGGACAGACUGUUGUUCGUGAACGACACGGUGACCAACGACUUGGAUGUUGCGGUCAGAACACUGAAGACUGCGAGUAAAGGGAAAGUAGUGAUUGGUGUGGCAAAGCCUCUGCCACUGCCAGAGAGCACAGGUGCCAUUCACUGCAUACAAUCGCCAACCAAUAGUCAGGUCAGUGACUUUAGUCACUCGGCUCAGGCAAGUGCAUUGUAUAGGGAUCGGGGCUUAACUUCCGUUGAAGUGACAGAUCAGGCAAUACAGGAGCAGACAAUUGAUAUUUUAGACAAUAAGUCAUUUGAAUUAAGCGAACAAUCACUUCCAUCACUUCCAUCGCUUCCGCCACUUGUGAGCCAACCGUUGAGACCCGAAGAUGAAGCACAGUUCUCGAAAAAUCAAGUCUCACGUCAAGAGUCAAUAAAUUCGGUGAAUUCAGUCGAUUCGCAGAUCUCGUCGAGUGCCGUGUCCUUAGCCGAGCACCUCAUGUUUAACGUUGCCAUUGAACGCAACAACAAUGUUGUCAUAUCGUCGUCUCCCACCUCCAGUGCCAGUAAUCUAGUGUUUAGUGAGUCUCGCAGUUCAACCCCUCUUGACUACAGUUCCUCGCGAUCUCCCAGUCCUUCGUACCAUAACUUAAUGGCCAUUCCAUUACCCGUUGCUCUCGAGAGGACUAUAAAAAUUAGAAAAGGAACCGAACCUCUAGGUCUGACCCUCGAGUUGGCCGACAGAGGUAUUAAUGGUAUGAUUGUUAAGAAUACUUCCAAAACGGGUGCCAUCUUUCGCGACGGCCGCAUCUCAAGAGGCGAUCAUUUGCUGUCCAUUAAUAAUGAAAGCCUCAGAAAUAUAACUAAUUCUAAGGCGAGAGCUAUCCUGAGAAGAGCGCAACUCAUUGGCAAUGAAAUAAUUUUCAAAUAUAUUCCUGCGAGCGAUGCCGAGGUUCACAAACAAUCGUCACUACUAUCUAUGCAACACAACACACCCAACACUCCCACACCUCCGCUCGACAGGACUUCCCCCUCAGUGGGGCCACUACUCCGCCGGUCCCCCAGUCCCAGAUCUCCAUAUUUCGGACCCAAAUUAACGCUAAGUGAUAGCGACAGCGAUAUAGAGAUCACCUCUUUUGGCGAUCGGUCUGCGGUGUCAUCCGUGGCCUCAACGCCACCGCAAACGCAACCGACGCCCGACUUCUUAGACAAUUUAUACACUCGACCGCCGAUCGCAUCCAUUACAACAUUUAAGCCAUUAAUAAAGUCUUCAAAUAGUAUACUCGAUGCACAAGAGAUCGCUUCAAACUCCACUUCCAGUGAGUUUGCUGUGAAGACACAAGAGUUGGGGUCAACUCAUAGUCAAUCGCAACAAUCAUCUCAAGAAUUGAUACGAAUUGAAUCUUUAUCUCAAUCAUCACAUAAGGAGUCACCAAAAGUUUCUCCGAGAAAGUCAAAAGUGCCUGAAAACAGCCCAAAGCAUCCAAUGGACCAAAUAUGUAGUGAAAGUGACAAACAAUCGGUUUCUCCAGAAACUGGUUCCACAAGUAGUGACACGACAAACAACGCUAGCAUUACCUCAACUGUAACGCGACAAUGGGGUGAAGAAAGAGUCGUCCAAUUGAUCCGCGAACACAACAAGGGAUUAGGCAUUAGUAUUGUUGGCGGAAAAGUUGAACUCUUCAACACUUCUCUUGGAAAUGCCAUUUCCGGUAUUUUCAUCAAAAACAUUUUGGCCGACAGUCCGGCCGGACGUGAGGGCACUCUCAAGAGUGGAGAUCGCGUUCUCAGUGUCGAUGGCGUCGAUCUUCAAGAGGCGACUCACGACAGAGCAGUCGAAGCCAUCAAAAAUGCUAAAAAUCCAGUCAUUUUUAUGGUUCAAAGUCUAUUGCCUUUCAGCAAAGACAGCGCUUCCACAUCUAAUCUAAUGAAUAAAACCGAGACCUCAAUGGCUUCGAGCGCCACAUUAGCGGCCGUCGAAUCAGUGGCUGAAGAGAUCGGUUCUAUAGCUAGCGAUGAGUGCUGUAGUUCUCCUCAAUUAAGCGCUCCUCUCGAGUCUCACACCGCCGAUGACGACAAGGAUUCAAACAUUUUAGUCGAUUUAAAUGAUGUGACAGAAGAAGAUAAAGAAGUGACUGAAUCUGAGUUUGAUAUCAAUGGCAGAGAUCUGACCGGAAAGAUAAGGACAUCGAAAGGGGUUCAGAUCGAUAGAUCGAGUGCUGGAAACAUAAGAUUGAGUUCAACUGAAACACAGGAAUCAAAUGAAGACGAUUUGAAAGAAGACGAGUUCGGAUACUCUUCAAAAAAAGUGCAGAAAAAAUAUGGAGAUUUGAAUGGUUACGCGUUUUUAGUGGAUCUCUGCAAAGGACUCUCUGGUCUGGGAAUAAGUUUGGCCGGGAAUAGAGACCGAACCAAAAUGAGUGUCUUUGUCUGUGGUUUGCAUCCAAAGGGAAGCGCUUAUAAAGACGGAAGAAUACAAAUCGGAGAUGAAAUUCUUGAGGUGAACGGUAUUGUAGUUCAGGGCAGAUGUCAUCUGAACGCCUCUGCAAUUAUUAAGAGUCUCAUUGGACCCCUUUAUAGGAUUAUUGUCCUCAGAAGAGAUGGUGCCUUGAAUGAGAUGGCCGUUAAGCCUCUCACACAGUUUCCCGUCCACUUAGAGGAUGACAUCAUUGAAGAGAAAUACAGCAAAUAUAAAGGCGUCCGAACUAUAACUGUCCGAAAAGGCACUCAAGGCUUAGGAAUUAUGAUAAUUGAAGGAAAGCACACAGAAUUGGGUCGCGGAGUGUUUGUCUCCGACAUACAAGACGGCAGUCCCGCAGAAUUUGCUGGACUUCUUGUCGGAGAUAUGAUAUUAUGUGUGAAUUUAGUUGAUCUAAUCGGAGCCGACUAUGAAAUGGCCGCGUCAGCCCUUAAGAGUGAAUUGAAAAUUGCCGCGUCAGCCCUUAAGAGUGCUGAGGGAUUACUAACACUUGUGGUCGCAAAGCCAACCAAAAUCAGUGGUCAGGAUAUGUUUGUCGAAACCGAUUCCACAGAAAAUCUAUGCUCUGAUGAAACCAAAAAGGAAUUGAUUAAUCCACAACACAGUGACCUAAAGACGUGUCAAGUGAGGGGCGGGAAAGAGACUACCAUUGAGAUCGUCAAAGAGAAACUCGGAUUAGGACUCAGUAUUGUCGGCGGUUCCGAUACACCUCUGACUACCAUUGAGAUCGUCAAAGAGAAACUCGGAUUAGGACUCAGUAUUGUCGGCGGUUCCGAUACACCUCUGAAUGCAGUUAUUAUCCAUGAGGUAUAUCCCGACGGCGCGGCCGCACUCGACGGCCGAUUAAAACCCGGCGAUCAGAUCUUAGCCGUGAAUAAUGAAGACUUGAGAGACGCGUUACAUGAACGCGCGAUCGCAGCCCUUCGCCAAACACCUCCUGUCAUCAAAUUAACAGUUUUUAGAGACAACGCAGAGACACAAGAGGAAGACGCGAGUGAUAUGAUAGACAUUGAGUUACAUAAAAAGUCUGGCAAAGGCUUAGGAUUAAGUAUUGUUGGAAAGAAGAGCGGUUCCGGAGUUUUUAUUUCCGAAGUGGUAAAGGGAGGCAUCGCUGAAUCGGACGCUCGACCGCACCUUAUGGUUGGCGACCAGAUAUUAGAG